UUCAGCUGUUUUCUUGCCUCGACCAACAAUAGAAUCAGGCCUCGGCGCCGAAAGCUUAUACUAUUCCUUUGCACUUUAAUUAACUUGUUUAAUUUUAGGUGGUUUAUAGUAAUGAUGUUUCUUAACUAUUGUAGGUUAAUUGUGAACCCGAAAUAUUCAUGAAGGUACUAGGGAAAACUCGGUAAAAUAAUGAUGCAGCAGGAGGAACCUUAUGACUCGCAAGCUGAUUCGCCUCUUAUAGUUACCAUACAUAUUUUAGCCAUUGUUGUUACAGGCGCAGCUGUUUAUUUCGAAUACUAUCACACUGAGACUGCACAUUUCUAUGUUGCAAGAUUUUUCGCUUAUACUGGAUAUGCAGAAGCACAGAGCGUUUUAGCACAGAAAUAUUUGACUGGAAGCGGCGUUCGUAGAAAUGUUACGUUAGCGAUACAUUGGCUGAAAGAAGCUGUUGCACAAGAGCAUCCUCAUGCAGCUUACAAUUUAGCUAUUGUGCAUAUGGAUGGGUACCCAACUGGCCUUCGGCAUGGAGAAUCGAAGAAGCUGCUGGAAUUGGCAGCAAGCAAGGGUAUGAAGCAGGCAGAGGACGCGCUGCGGAAGCUGUGCGCGGGCCGAGGAAGGUACUGCAAGCUGAAGUAG